AGCAAGAUAUUAAGAUCGAUCGCUCGUGAAUGGAAAACUCGCCGCUGGCGCGUACACCACAAUGCCCACCUCCAUCUUCUCCCGCAAACGCGACCUCGCCUACCUGGCCUUCUUCAUAAUCCACAUUCCCACGAUCUUAUGCGUGGAUAUCGUACCAUUCUAUCCCGAUGCAUACACACCAGCUUUCCUAAACGACCUGCGGAGCUGGUACAUCGCGACGUACAACGACCGCCUGUUCACCCACCCACCAGCAUGGUUCGAUCUCUACCUCCUCAUCGAAAUGCUCUACCACCUGCCACUAUCGAUAUGGGCAAUUCCCGCUCUACUGAGGGAUGACCCACUCGUCCCGCUGCACCUGCUUGUCUUUGCGCUCGAAGCUGCGAUUACGACGGCGACGUGUCUCGCGGAGAUGUUGAGUUGGGAGGAUUUCCGGGAGGAGCAGAAAGUCGCGUUGGGGUGGUUGUAUGGGCCGUAUUUGUUGUUGGCGGUUUUCAUGAGUGGAGAUAUGUUUUUGAGGUUGAGCGGGACGUUGAGGGGAGUUGGGAAGGCGAAGAGGGCUUGA